GGAGCUGCAACAACGGCUUUGCUUGACAAUCCACAAUAGCUUCACCAUGGCGUUAGGUUCGGUCAGUGCCACCGCCCGCCCAGCGACACUUCCCUUUUCCCCCACUCACAGAGACUAACGGUUCAUAGUGGAAAUCGUUCAACUUCUUCAUAGUAACACCCGUCAAGGCUACCGAUGGGGCCGACAAUGCACCUCCCCUGUUUGAGGUAUUUGACCCUCCACAUCACCAUCACUUUCGCCACUGGGUCCUAACGAUGGAUUGCUGGAACAGGGCGCGGAUAUCACGACUUUAACGUCUGGGUCUGAUACUCUCUUCAUUGGAACUUCGCUUGGGUUCGUACAUGUGGUCAAUUCGGCAUUCAAGAUUAUCAGGUCCUUUCCGACGUAUGAGAAUGAUUCCGAGCAUGUGGGGAGCAUUCGGCACAUCAAGCAGGUGGAGGGAACGAAAUUACUUGUCACGGUCAGCGAGGAUUUAAGCACCGAUCCUGUGCUGAAGGUGUGGGCUUUGGAUAAGACGGAGAGGAAGACGGGAUUACCGCGGUGUCAGAGCACAGUGACGAUCCAGAAUGGUCGACGGCAGUUUCCGGUCAGUUGUGGUGUUUACGGAGGUACUCGAGAGGGGGAUCGCUGAUUGGGGCUACAGAUAUCCGCGUUCGCUACCACGCCUUCGCUAUCGCUCGUUGCCGUUGGGUUCGCUAACGGGUCUAUUGUACUGAUCCGUGGUGACCUAAUCCACGAUCGUGGCUCCAAGCAGAGGAUCAUCUUCGAGUCUGAAGAGCCCAUCACAAACCUGUGCUUCUCGCCCCCACCAACGACUCCGAAUGCUCAUGCUCACCAGGGAGGAUUCGGCCCCUACCGCCACACACCUGCCCCCGAUGGUGGGGAUACUUUGUACGUUUCAACUAUCGGCCGCAUAUUGACAUUGAUUACGGCCGGUAAGGGAACUGGCCAACCGAGGGUGCUAGAAUCACAGGGGUGUGGACCUGGAUGCAUGAAGCCUGCCAUCGAUUUCUCGUCCGAAGAAAAGGGCCUUGCUGGGGAGGGAAGUGACAUCGUGGUGGCAAGGGAUGAUGCAAUAUACUUUUAUGGGCCGAACGGGAGAGGGGCAUGUUAUGCAUAUGAGGGGCCGAAGGAGAUGGUGCACAUCUUCAAGAACUAUGUCGCCUUGGUCUCGCCACCAGCUUCGCAACCUUCCACUGCACCCAAGUCCGGCGGGAUGACGCGGACGCUAAAAAGGCUUGUAGGGAGGGGUGCGUCGGCGGCAGUUAGCGAGGAUCCCUUCGAUGUAACAAAGUUCACACUUCUGGACACGGAACUGAAGUUUGUGGCGCACUCGGAGAGAUUGAUUUCUGGCGUCAAGCAAGUGUUUAGCACAUGGGGUGAUUUGUUUGUUUUGACAUUCGACGGGAAGGUUCAUCGAUAUCACGAGGUCAGUUUACAGGAGAAGCUGGGAAUCCUGUACGCUAGAAAUCUUUACAUCCCUGCCAUCAACUUGGCUCAGAAAGCUGGAGUUGGGGAGGCGAAGUUACGGACGAUAUACAGGCGAUAUGCCGAUUACCUGUAUGGCAAAGGAGAUUGGGAUGGGUCUAUGCAGUGGUAUAUCAAAGCCAUUGGUAAAUCGGAUGGGGAGGGUGUCAGUACUGUCAUACGGAAAUUCUUGGAUACCCAGCGGAUCCACAACCUUAUUGAAUAUCUGGAGGAGUUACAUAUGCAUAAUAUUGCAACGUCGGAUCAUACGACGUUGCUGUUGAAUUGCUACGCUAAGCUCAAGGAUAUUGAGAAGUUGGAAAAGUUUAUCAGGGUGUCUUCCGGUGAGGGCUUGAGAUUUGACGUUGAUACUGCUAUUGCUAUGUGCAGACAGGCUGGCUACCAUGAGCAGGCUGUAUACCUGGCGGAGAGGCAGGGUGAACAUGAGGUUGUCGUUGGAAUCCUCGUGGAGAAUCUGGGGAAGGUGGAUGAGGCGCUAGGAUACACGAAAAGGCUAGAGCCUGAGAUUGCAUGUUCUUGUCUUUACCUUCAAUUAUGCUGCUGCUAAUUAUCUUCUAGGCAUACUCCAGUUUGAUGAGGUAUGCAAGGACCUUUUUGCGGCAGGUCCCACAACAAACUACCGACUUCUUCAUUGAAUAUUAUACUGGGAGGUAUAUUGCGAGAAAGAAGGAGGAGCCGGGCGCUCAAACGCAGCAGCAGGAAGGGAGAAUUCAGAGCUACCUUAACGCCUCGCUGUUGCAACAGUUGCCUUAUAUGGGGGGCGGAGGGACGGCUGGAGGUACAUCGCCAAAUACGAAUGCGUCAACGAAUGCCACCGCUAGCGCUUCGCCGAGGAAGAUCUCGGACUCGGCUGCUGGGGACGGAGGUGCCGUCCCGCUAGACCUUCCAGCGCCUUAUAAGCCUCCACGACCUAGAACUGCGUUUUCGUCGUUUGUUGAUCACCCGAAGGAGUUCGUGGAGUUUUUAGAGAACGUGCUGGAGACGGCUCGUGAGGGUGUGCUUGGUGAAGGGGAUCGAGUGGAUAUAUAUACGACGUUGUUUGAGAUGUACCUUCAACGGGCUAAUGAAGCUAAGACUACGGAGGAGAAGCAGCAAUGGGAAGCCAAGGCGAAAGGUAUUAUUGAGGAUAAAGAGGUAAAGUUUAUCCGCACCUUGUAUUUCGAGCACUACUAACGGAGAGAGGAAAAGACUUUGAUAGAUACAUCUAACGUCCUUUUGCUCUCCCACCUCUCCAAUUUCCGGGAUGGGACUGUAUUGGUUCGCGAGAAGCAGGGUCUGCGCUUUGAUAUAUUCAGAUCCUGCUGUUCAGCUGGAGACACUGCUGGUGCUGUCCGUGCAUUGAAAAAGUAUGGGGCGGAAGAGCCACAGCUGUAUGUUGCAGCAUUAUCGUACUUCACGAGUAGUCCCAAAGUUCUUGCGGAUGUCGGAGAGGCAGAACUGCAGCGGGUGCUCAAGGUUAUCGAUGAGCAGGGUUUGAUGAAGCCUCUGCAAGUGGUACAAACACUAAGCACUAAUGCCGUCGCCACGGUUGGCAUGGUGAAACGCUACCUCGGGGACACCAUCGAGAAAGAAAGACGCGAGAUCGAAAAUGUAUGUCUUUUCUUUCACCAGCACAAACCCUAUUUCAACCCCAGCAGACUAACAAUUGUAGAAUCGCCGUAUGAUUGAAAACUACAAAACCGAGACAGAGAAGAAAAAGGCCGAAAUCGAAGACCUUGGCUCAAAGCCUAGUGUCUUCCAAUCACAACGCUGUCUCGCCUGCAGUCUCCAAUUGGAACUCCCGACAGUACACUUCCUUUGUAAGCACUCCUUCCACCAACGGUGUCUCAACAAUGUCGACGACAACCCGGAAUGCCCGACUUGCUCGGCCUCGAAUCAGACUAUCCGCACGCUCAGAAAGGCCCAGGAUGAGUAUGCGGAUCGUCACGAAUACUUCAAUUCACAGCUGCAGGAGUCGAGGGAUAAAUUUGGCACUAUCAGUGAGUUUUUCGGGAAGGGAGUUAUGGCGGCACCACCGGUGUUUAAUUGACGCUUACUGGACUGGGCCACUCUUACUUUAUGGCUAAUGUGAUGACACUCUUUUUCUCUCCUUGCUUUGAUUUUUCCUUUUUUUCUUUUUUUACUUCUCACGUCAUAGGUAGAAAUUUAAGUGGAGUCUCUGGAGGCAUUGGGUAUGAGUUGUGAGGCUUGGGAUGUUCGUAUGUUGGUAUGCGUACAGUACGAGCGCAGGCUCCGAGACCUCGGACCUUGUUGUUUGCUCCCAUAGGCGUUGUCUGACGACGGUAUAUCGUGAAUUCUUUUGCAGUGACUUACUCUCAAUUUGGGGAGGGGGGGCGGAUGGUGUGGGGCAGGGGACAAGAACCAGAUUGAUUACUUAUCCCCUACAGUGUUGAUGGUGCUGGAUUUACCUGUAUUGCGUUGUGAUCUAAGCUACCGUAGUGCAUUAUACCGGUGUGGAAGAGUCUCUGUUGACUUCCCGUAAUUUGGAUGGUGUGAUUGACCGAGCUGACACCUGUGCAAUUGUGUUGACCGUAUGAUGUAAUAUUAAACCGGAUAAGAGAGUAGAAUUAGGCUGAUAAAGUUGACAGUGAAACACAGUGAGAAAGCAAGAGGAAAAGAGUGGAGAAACAAAGCUCCAAAACAACAAGAAAGAAGGUGGUGUA